AUGAAACAUCCGUAUGAGGAAUUCCCUACAGGUUCCAAGUCACCAUAUAACAUGUCUAGAGGAGCUCAUCCUGGUGCCGUUUUGCUUUCGCCACAAUCAAGUGCUAUAAACAACAACAAUUCGGGCAGCAAUAAUAGUAAUAACCAGGGCAAUUCAUCUGUGACCGCGAAUGUUUUGUCCCCUCAAUCCCACAGUAUGUCACUCAAUGACAUGCUUGAUCAGCAAUCCUUUAUGUUAGACACUACGGGGACUAGGGCUCAGCCGCUCCAGCAGCAGCAGCAACAACAACAGCAGCAGCAGCAGCAGCAGCAGGCGUCAUUGCCUUCCCUUAAUAUUCAAACAAUAUCGUCCACAGCAGCUGGUUCUGCUAUCGUUUCCCCUAUGAUGCAAUCUCCAAAAGCAAUGCAAUCUACUUUAUCUUCAACGUCUAUGUAUUUGGAUUCAUUUCAGAGGUCUUCAAAUAAUAUCCUGGGUCUUCCAUCUCAGGGUGGUUCAAUUCCCUUACCGCAAUCCCGUCAAUCGCAACACCAGUCGCAACCGCAACCCCAAAAGAAUGACCCAAACAUAGGCACGAACUUCAGCCAAGACAUUAACCAAUUGUGUUCUUGGAUAUCCAUGCUGAAUAGCAGCCAACAAAAUACUGUAAUGGAUAAUAUACUCUCCAUCCUGAAUGAUGAUGUUUUGAAGUAUACUAAGUUAAAAUUGGACACUUUGACAAGCACUCCUUUUAUCUCGCCACCGCUACCUGCAAUAGCAUCACCUAUACCAAAUAGGGAUGACACGCAAAUUUUGAAUAUUGACUCAGUCUUUUCUUCUAGUCCAAUUACCAAUGAACCUGAAAAUGCCGAUAAUUUGUUGUACCAAAAUUGGUCUCCUCAGCCCCAUUCUAUACCAAUUACUCAACCCGUUUAUGAUAACAUCACAGACCCUAGUCAAAGGUCCAAGUCGGCUGAACCUCAUGUCAAUUCAAGCCCAAAUCUCAUUCCCGGUCAGAAACAAUUUAACAACGGUAGUAGUACUAAAUAUAAAAAGUUGUCAUCAGAUAAUCCAAACUAUCUAUCGCACUCCCUUUCAACUUCCCAUUCCUUUUUCCAACCAAAGAAAAGAUCUAACAUGGGAAAUGAGUACAGUUCUCAUCACCAUCAUUCAUUGCAUCAUCCUCUGCAUAAUACAACCUCAUAUUUUUCCAGCACGCCAAGACCAUCCGGAACUGAAUCUAAUAAGUCCAAUCAGAACGUGUUCAACAAUAUCAAUACGCAUCCCAAUGCUGGUGCUACAAGUGCCACAUCGACAUCCACAUCGUCUACCGGAAACACACCUUUAUCGAGUAAUUCUUCAAUGAAUCCAAAGAGCUUGACAGACCCCAAGUUAUUAAAGAAUAUACCCAUGUGGCUGAAAUCGUUAAGACUACAUAAGUAUUCAGACGCUUUGAGUGGAACCCCAUGGAUUGAAUUGAUUUACUUAGACGACGAGACUUUGGAAAAAAAAGGCGUGCUCGCCUUGGGUGCAAGGAGAAAAUUGUUAAAGGCUUUUGGAAUCGUUAUUGAUUACAAAGAACGUGAUUUAAUUGAUAGAUCUGCUUAUUAA